GGCGCUGAUUGGUUGCAGCCGGGUCGUUUCCGGUGGAGCCGCCGCGGAGCCGCUACCGCAGAGUAGAGCGGGGCUGGGAGGGAAGCGCCCGGACAGCUCAGCCAGCCGCAGCCUCGCACCCGCUGUCCCGCGUCCGCCGCCGCCCGUGCCCAGACAGCCAUGGCCUCCGGCAGCACCGCCAGUGAUGAGGAGCGCAGCCUCCGCGAGUGCGAGCUCUACGUCCAGAAGCACAACAUCCAGGCGCUGCUCAAGGAUUCCAUCGUGCAGUUGUGCACUGCCCGGCCCGAGCGACCCAUGGCAUUCCUCAGGGAAUACUUCGAGAGGCUGGAGAAGGAGGAGGCAAAACAGAUUCAGAAUCUGCAGAAGGCGAGCGCCCGUGCAGAUUCGAGGGAGGAUGAGAUCUCUCCUCCCCCACCCAACCCAGUGGUUAAGGGCCGGAGGCGACGAGGUGCCAUCAGUGCUGAAGUCUACACGGAGGAAGAUGCUGCGUCGUACGUUAGAAAGGUUAUACCAAAAGAUUAUAAGACAAUGGCUGCUUUAGCCAAAGCCAUUGAAAAGAAUGUGCUCUUUUCACAUCUUGAUGACAAUGAGAGAAGUGAUAUUUUCGAUGCCAUGUUUCCGGUUUCCUUUAUUGCCGGAGAGACCGUGAUUCAGCAAGGUGAUGAAGGGGAUAACUUCUAUGUGAUUGAUCAAGGAGAGAUGGAUGUCUAUGUCAACAACGAAUGGGCAACUAGCGUUGGGGAAGGAGGCAGCUUUGGGGAACUCGCUUUGAUCUAUGGAACGCCUAGAGCCGCCACUGUCAAAGCAAAGACAAAUGUGAAACUGUGGGGUAUCGACCGGGACAGCUACAGAAGAAUCCUCAUGGGAAGCACGCUGAGAAAGCGGAAGAUGUAUGAGGAGUUUCUUAGUAAAGUAUCUAUUUUAGAAUCUCUGGACAAGUGGGAACGUCUCACAGUCGCUGAUGCGUUGGAACCUGUUCAGUUUGAGGAUGGGCAGAAGAUUGUGGUGCAAGGUGAACCAGGGGACGAGUUCUUCAUUAUUUUAGAGGGCUCAGCUGCUGUGCUACAACGUCGGUCAGAAAACGAAGAGUUUGUCGAAGUGGGAAGAUUGGGGCCUUCUGACUAUUUCGGUGAGAUCGCGCUCCUGAUGAACCGUCCUCGCGCGGCCACGGUGGUCGCUCGCGGCCCUUUGAAGUGCGUGAAGCUGGACCGACCCAGAUUUGAGCGCGUCCUCGGCCCGUGCUCAGAUAUCCUCAAGCGAAACAUCCAGCAGUACAACAGUUUUGUGUCGCUGUCUGUCUGAGACCCGCCUCCCGUGCCUCCCUGUCGUCCUGUCCCCGGUCCGUGCCUCCCUCGCGCAGACGGCUUUCCCCCCUCCUGGCAGCACGGCGGCUUCUCGUCUGUUUGUAUUCAAAGUCGCUUCUAUCGCACCGUUUUUCAUGUGGAGCGUUGACCGGAUGCCCCGACGCAGUUAAAUAAACAGAGUUCUGUGGAGACUCCGCUGUUACUGCUUUUCUCUCUGUGCAGUGGUAGUUGCUCAGCCCGGGCGGGGCGCCCCCUGCGCCGCCGGCCGCGUAGGGCAGGGGGGUGACAGCGCGAGGGGCUUCUGUCGCUCAGUGACACAACUUUCUGGUUACCGUAGGCAUAUUUUAGACUGUACUCAUGUGCUGUACUGCUUUAUAGAAUUAAUGAUUUCUCAUUAAGCUCUGAGGAUUAGGAAAAACAGACCUAGAAAAAUCCUAGUAUAGUAGAAAGACAUCUGCCUGUACUUAAACUAGCUUAAGGGUGGGAAAACGCCCAUUUUUGCUAAGGAUCGGAUGGACGUGAUCUGUUGAGUUCUUUCUUUCUUUUUUCUUUUCAUCAGAAUUUUUGUCAAGCCCCUUCUCCUGGUCCUGUGUCCUGUUGUUAGUGUUUCCCAGUUCUGCCAUGUGUAGAUGUGGCUAUCUCUGCCUGCCUUUUGAGUUUGAAACCAGAUCUAGGCUGCAAACACUGAGUUACGGAUUAACUACGUCUGCCUCAGCUCAAAAAUUCUGAUUAGACCCGUAUUUACCCAGCUAGUGCCAAAUGCUGAUCACCAGAUGCCGAGUCGGGAAUAAGGAUUUGAGGCCUACGCUCUUGGUCGUUAACUUAGAGCUCUUGGCUAAAUGUACGUGGUUCAGUUGACUCCGGGAUUCCCUCCUGUGUUCAUUAAACACCGACUGCAGGAGACUGGGUUUGCUGGGAAUAGAACACACGGGACGAAUGUCCUAGCAGAAAAAUGGAGGUGGUGUUGGUAAAGGGAGAGGUGCCAGGGGCACAGAGUUCAGUGCUGGGGACUCUGUGCCGCUAAAUUCCCUGGGGCGGGAGAUUUGGGAAGAGUGUUCUACACGGGCUGGGGGGGGGGGGGGUGGGGGGGAGGGGAGGCGUGUCUCUGUUCUUCCAGGUUGAGAAGUUCCGGUUUCCCAUUUAGCAUUUCUUUCCCUGGCAAACGUUUUUGAUGUUUUACAGCAAACUUGUGUUUCGAGUCUUCACCGUAUUUCAGUCUUUUCCAGCCUCAACAUCCUUCUCUGUUCCAUUAUUCCAUGUGCACCAGUGAUAACCCAGUGGUUUAUUUUUACUUUUGUUAUUUUUUUUUAAACAAAAGUUCACAGUUCUGUCAUGUUAGGCACUUUUGUUUUCAUUGUGAUUUAUAUAUAACGUACGGUUACAUUGGGGAGUGACUGCAAGCGUUUUUCCAUCUGUGGGCAACUGGCUGUGAUUAUCAGUCCCCUUCCAGCCCUUUCCCGGGGAAUUUAAAUUGGUCAUGGCAGGUUUGGUUCAUAGACUUGAACGGUUUUCAGGUUGUUAACGAAGUUUGGAGGAUACAUCUGGGAAAGCGGUUUUAUUUACAUUUUAGUGUGAUGGCCACCACAUUACAAACUUUUGUAUUUUUCAAAAUUACACUAAAUGAAGGUUUUCUGAUCUGUACUUUGUGUUUAGCUAUCUUUUCUAUUUAAAAAUGAAAAAUAAAAGUUCUGUUCUUAUUAGCUUAAAGCUUGAUUUAAUCUUUGUUUAAAUGCCAAAACUGUACUUAACUGAAUUAUUUAGAAUGCCGUAAGUUUGCACAGUUUCAUAUAUGUAUAUAAUCAUGUUCACGUGUAUUUAGAUACAUAUAAUGCCUUCUAAAUGAGUUUUGCUCUUAAAUCAUUUGGCUUGCUGUUUACUCCCUUUUGUAGUUUUUAAUCUAAGGAACUUUAAGUCUAAACUGAAAAGUUAUCACAUUUAAAGCUUUCUCUUUGUGCAAUCUGAGUAUAUGUGAGAAACCACAACUGGCAUAAUUUGUCUUAGUUGAUAUUCAGGGCUUUAGAAGUCAUUGUUUCCGGGCGUGGUUAAGUGAAUUUAAGAGAUUGCUCUAGAAAGUACAGAUGGCCAAAGGACCAUUUUGUAUUGUUUCCUGGUUUACUAGUCUGGUUAUACUGUGUGUGCUGAUAUACUCUAUUCUUUUUGUUAUAGAUUGUCUUAACGGUAGGUCAAGUAAUAAAAAAAAAUGAAAUAAUUUA